CCAUCGGAGGGCUGGUUCGCCUCGCUCUCGCGACAAAGAGAGGGAGUUCGAGUGGUGGGGUUGGAGAUAGCGAUCGAGAGCGGAGAAUAUUUGCCCCAAUCCACGCGUUUCUCAUCGGGAUCCCUAUUUAAAUCCCGUCCCUUCUUUCCAACGGCUCUAGCCAAUCGAUAUCGAUCUCGCCCCUGCCCUAGAUUUGAUGGAGGAGAGGGGAACAAGGGGACGGAUUUGUUUGGCUUCGAUUCUUCUUUAGGUCAUUCUCGUGUUCGAUCUCGAUCCCGGGGGAUUUCGUUUUUUUUCUCUCUUCUGCCCCCUUUGAUCCUCCUUUGUGCUUGAACAUUACUCUCAAAAUUCGAUUUUUAUUCUCUUUUUUUGGAUUCGGAGCUGUGGCUGAUGACCAGAUUUGAGGGGUUGGGAUCUCUUUCUGAUUCUAAUUCAUUGUGCCGGCUCUUUGGUUACCUAUACUAAUUUUCCCGUCCACUUGGAGCUGUUGUCGAUCAUACCAUUUGGCGAUUGGUAAAUUGCUAUCAAUAACUCGUGAUCGGAAGCAAAUUGAAGGCGAUACACGACUACACGAGGUGUAAUCAAGUGUAUGUGGAGGCAGAUGAAGCCGGUAUUGAAGAGCCAAUUGGCCGAGGAGGAGGGAGAUUAUUUCCCUGCGACGCCGAGGAAGGGCUGGUCGAUCGGGCUGAUGAAGUUCGUCUCGAUUCUUGUUGUUUUCAUGGCAGGGGCGGUGCUGGGCCUGUCGGUGAGCGCCCAUUUCAACAAGUACUUCAAUUCGCAGGCUGAUCUCUUCUUUCCGAGGACCAUGUACACGGCGAAUUGCGACAGGGAUUGCUUGAGCAUCAAGAGUUUCGUGAAUCCGUCGCAUCUGAUGCACACCAUGACCGAUGAUGAGCUCUUCUGGCGGGCGACGAUGGUGCCCAAGAUGGAGGACUACCCCUUCGAGAGGGUGCCCAAGGUAGCCUUCAUGUUCCUCACACGGGGGCCUCUGCCGUUUGUGCCGCUGUGGGAUAAGUUCCUCAGAGGCCAUGAGGGCUUGUAUUCAGUUUAUGUGCAUGCGCUUCCUGACUACAAGCUCAAUGUCUCGGAGGAUUCUGCUUUCUAUGGCCGCCAAGUCCCCAGCUUGGAAGUUUCAUGGGGUUCGGUUACUCUGGUGGAUGCAGAGAAGCGUCUCUUGGCCAAUGCUCUCCUGGAUUUCUCCAAUGAGCGGUUUGUUUUGCUCUCUGAGAGUUGUAUACCAGUACACAAUUUCCCCGCUGUAUAUGAGUACCUCAUAAACUCAGAGCACAGCUUUGUUGAGUCCUAUGAUGAUGAUUCCUCACAAGGCCGCGGCCGUUACAGCCGCUACAUGGCCCCUCAUAUCAAACUCUAUCAAUGGAGGAAGGGGUCUGAGUGGUUCGAGCUCAACCGUGAUUUGGCUGUGACUAUUGUUGCAGACUACAGGUACUAUGCCAUCUUCAGGAAAUACUGUAAGCCUUCUUGCUAUCCUGAUGAGCACUACAUCCCGACUUACCUGAAUAUGUUCCAUGGGUCUCUGAAUGCAAACCGGAGCUUGACUUGGGUUGACUGGUCGAGGGGAGGGCCUCACCCAGCGAGAUACGGCGCUCCAAACAUUACAGCGGAGUUUAUUCAGGCAAUAAGAAAUAAUGGGACCUUCUGUAUGUACAAUUCAAGGCCGACUUCUGUUUGUUUCCUCUUUGCAAGGAAGUUUGCUCCAAAUGCACUGGAACCUCUACUCAACCUCACUUCAGUAAUGGGUUUCUGACUUCUUUGUUCGGCAUGCUGAUUUAUUGCCUUCAGGUGAUGCUCCAUCCACUUCUCAGUGAUCAGGGUGGAAUCAUUCUGAUGCUACCACCAGGGCAUCCUUGCCUCCUCUGGAUUUGGACUAGAGGCGAGUCUCGGAUGGUUUUUUUUCUAGUGGACUUCAGAUUAGGUGGCAAGGAUGUGAAGGUGCCAGACACGGAGCUUCAAUUUCUUAUUCAAUAUCCUUAUUUAAUUUUAGUUUUGUACAAGAGAUCUUGUAAUGCAUUUGUUCGGAUACUAAUCUGUGAAUACGAAUUCAUCAUUCAUUUUGUCAUUUUAAGUUCAA